AUGGAUGGCGUGGAUGGCGGCGGGUCUGGCGGCGGCGGUGGCGGCGCCGCUACGGGUGAUCCACUGGCCACCGUAAGCAGCGACGGCGGCAGUGGCAGUAGUGGCAGUAGCGGCGGUGGCAGUGCCAUGCCAGCAGUGUCUACAGUGUACGUCACUAUUCCUCAAAGCAGCAGUGCCAUCACUGCCGGAGGUGCCAAGGGUUGUCAAGUUCAGUCUGGAAGAAUCUGGAACCAAAUAUCUGAGAUACAGAGUGUGAUACAGCAACCCCCUCAGCCCAGUGUCAUACAGAGUACAGCAUUACAGACUGUCCAGCUCUCCAAGGGUAACGUUAUUCUCUUGAAACAGCCUUCACAGCAGUCCAACUCUGUUAUACAGUCAGCUGGUGGAGGCACACUUCAGACUGUACAGGUGCUGGAGGCGGGCGAGGAGCAGGAGUUGUCGAGGAAGCGUCAGAUCCUGGCGCGACGGCCCUCCUACCGCAGGAUCCUCAAUGAACUAGGUGGAGGUGAGAUAUCAGACAAAGGUGACGCUGGUAGUUCAGACUCAUCGCAGGACGAGUCCACAGGCACAGUGACCAUUGGUGGACAACAGUACCAGACUGCAGGUCUGUUGAAAGUUCUUCCCGCUGGCGGCUUGCAGUUGAGUGGUCAGGGGAGCGAGGGUCUUCAGACCAUCGCAAUGACCAACGCUGCAACUGCUGGUGGAGCCAUAGUCCACUAUGCUCAAGGUUCAGACCCUCAGUUUAUUGUACCAGUUGCAACGAGUGAUCUGAGUGGGCUGAAGAUCGCCACCAGCACCGGUACUAGUCUAGCACAGGGUGUUGUACUAGCAACCACAGCCACCACUGGUGUUCACGGCUCCAGCGACCAGAUGGCAGAGGAGGCGUCACGCAAAAGAGAGAUAAGACUAAUGAAGAACAGGUAAAGUUGUGUUCAUAAAGAAUAGAGUCACAGUACCCCGACUGGAACAGUGCACGUAGACAGUGGGAGACCUAUAUUUUUUAGGGCCUGAAGCUUCAGCUGUUAUGGGCCCCUUCACAACCCCUUCUCAUAUAGUAGAUCCAAAAUUUUUAAUCAGUGUGGACUAGUCACUUA